CCACUUCCGCUGUCAACGUAAACAUGGCUGGUGUACCUGAUUAUUAUGAAAGGAAAGGGUCGCUAAAUUUGCGGUCAGAUCACAUGAAUUAUGGAAGAGCCACUUUAAAUUCGAACUGGCACCAAUCAAGAGAAGCAGAACCAAAAGAUUAUGAUAUAAAUAGAAGUGAUACCAGAAAUUUAUGUAAUGCUUCAUAUAAAAGAAUAGGAGAUGUAACUGAUGGGUCACUGCCAAAAACUACCUAUCAAGACCACACUGAACAGAUCUACUUGAGAGAUGACUUUGAGGAACAGGAAACAAGAAAAGCCAUGGUUACCAUGAGAACAAUUGAUAAUACGGAUUUGGACAGAGAAACAGAAACACCUGAGAGAGGAUUUGGAUCAGUAUUACCUAGACAUAAUCCAGAUUAUAAUAAAUUCCACUUAGAAUCAACACAUAAAGCAGAUUUUACACCUCCUGACCCAAAUUAUGUACCAGUACCUGAAAAAUUGCCCGACUUCCCUGACCAGUCACCAGCUUACAGAAAGUGCCUCUCACAAUUUACUGAUACCUGUGAUUAUCGUAGACCUGGUCGCAACACAUGGCAAGACGAAAGUGGAAUCUAUGCUAACACUCAUUACAAAAGACAAAUUAUACAAUCAAGAAAUCCUAUCCCAGAACAGAAAGCUUGAUGCUCUAAAAAAUUGUAAAACAGAGAGAGAAGCAAUUUUUUUUUAAUUUCUAAUUUAACUGGUAUAUAUAUGAGUAAAAAUAUCUUAUACAGGAAUAAUAAGAACUGAGAUAUUUUUUUUGUUUACAUUUAUUUAUUUUUGAUAUUUUACCAGGAAGUAAAAUUGUUGUUGAUAUCACUUUUCAUUGUGCUGACUCUUUUAUUGAUUUAAUAAUGAAUCACUUUGAUAUUCCUCUUUCAUUUGUCAAAUAUUUUACAAGAUUUACACAUUUGAUAAUAUGUAUAUAUUAUAUACAAUUUAUUAUUUUAUAAGAGAAUUUAAUAUAUAACUUUCAUUAAAUGAUAAUAUCCAUA